UGCGAAUGAGUGGUUCAAAUUUCAACUCUCCGCUGGCCGAGACAGACGUGUGCGCGCGCGUACCGAAGGAUUCGAUCGUAAACCCAAUACCCCUCUGUAAAAAGAACGAGAAUUGUGAACCCCUUAAAUAGAAUAAAGAUUAACUAAAGAAAGUGAUCAAGUGACCGACCAAAGAGGCAUCGAUGUGCGCGUAGUGGCUUGACCGUAUGAUGAGCCUGACUGUGCUCUCCUUGCCGCAAAAGUUCAAGCGCCUCCUGCAAGCCAUGAUGUUAGCCGUCGCCGUGGUCUAUAUGACUCUCCUGCUCUACCAGAGCGCCUACGGAUAUCCGGGCAUUCAAAUGUCCCAUAGCCAAGUGGAUGGCCUGGCCAAUGAACCCCUCGGCCCCACCAACCAAGAUCAGCUGCUCCAGGAGUACGUGCAGUCCUCCACGCCCACCCAGCCGGGAGCUGGAGCUCCGGCCGCCUCGCCCACCACCGUCAUCAUCCGCAAGGACAUCCGCAGCUUCAACUUCAGCGAUAUCGAGGUCAGCGAACGGCCCACCGCCACCCUGCUGACGGAGCUGGCCAGGCGCAGUCGGAACGGGGAGCUGCUCCGCGAUCUGUCCCAGAGAGCGGUUACCGCGACGCCCCAGCCGCCGGUCACCGAGCUGGAUGACAUUUUCAUCAGCGUGAAGACGACGAAGAACUAUCACGACACCCGGCUGGCGCUGAUCAUCAAGACCUGGUUCCAGUUGGCCCGCGAUCAGACCUGGUUCUUCACCGACACCGAUGAUCGCUACUACCAGGAGAAGACAAAGGGCCACCUCAUCAACACGAAAUGCUCGCAGGGCCACUUUCGCAAGGCGCUUUGCUGCAAGAUGUCCGCCGAAUUGGACGUCUUCCUCGAGAGCGGCAAGAAAUGGUUCUGUCACUUUGACGAUGACAACUAUGUCAAUGUGCCCAGGCUGGUGAAGCUCCUGGACGAGUACAGUCCCAGCGUGGACUGGUAUCUGGGCAAGCCGAGCAUCUCGUCGCCGCUGGAGAUCCACUUGGACAGCAAGAACACGACAACGAACAAGAAGAUAACCUUCUGGUUCGCCACUGGCGGCGCUGGCUUCUGUCUUAGCCGGGCCCUGACGCUCAAGAUGCUGCCCAUAGCAGGUGGUGGCAAGUUCAUCAGUAUCGGCGACAAGAUACGUUUUCCGGAUGAUGUGACGAUGGGUUUCAUAAUCGAACACUUGUUGAAAGUGCCACUGACUGUGGUGGACAACUUCCACUCACAUUUGGAGCCCAUGGAGUUCAUUCGCCAGGACACGUUCCAGGACCAGGUGUCCUUCAGCUACGCCCACAUGAAGAACCAGUGGAACGUAAUCAAGGUGGACGGCUUCGAUCUCAAGACGGAUCCCAAGCGGUUCUACUCCCUGCACUGCCAACUGUUCCCCUACUUCAGUUUCUGCCCGCCCAGAUGAUCUGGGUCCAGGAUCCCGAUCCAGGAUCCAUCCCUCCCGGAGGAUCCCCAAUUGGCUGUUGCAGGCGCACGUCUGCCCAGGGCAGGCGUCAAAACCAAUCUCGCCACUGUGAUCUAAAAUUAAGUGUAUACGAGCUAACGAAUCGGUUCUUUGUGUAUAUAUCUCAAGAUGUAUUAUUUAACAGCUUCCGGCUGGAAAGGUGUGCUUCCUAAAGGUCUAAGUUUUACUUUAGUCUUAAGUCUGACGCAAUUCCAACACACUUCCAAGUGCUUCCCUAUAGCGUUACACCGAUUCUUCCGAUCGACUUAGUGACUAACAUAUAUAGUUAAAUUAAUGGUCUAGUCUAUGUUUAAGUUAACUUGGCUUCCGAGAGACCGACCACUCGACCCUCUUUUGUGCAUAACUGUAAAGCAGUCUAAUAUCGGCCUAAACUAGCAAUAUGCGUGUAUAUAGUAGACCCUAUUGUCCUUGUGUUUUACAAAAAAAUUGUUAAUCUUUAGUUGGCUUAAAUAAAAUAAAACAUAUUAUUGCAAAUGAUAAA